AUGCGUCAGCGCUUGCUCCUCUCCGCCCUGGACGCUAUCGCUCGCGUCGCAAAAUCUUCCUUUAGCCCCUCGCUACUCCUCUGCCGGAUCUCUUCCUUCACACGCUCCUUCGACUCGUGGUCUGCGCUGACACGAUCUGCCCUGCUUGGCCCUGGUCCACCCCUGCUGCAGAGCCAAGCGCCAUUGAGCGCGCCGGGAGCUAAAUCCGCCACGAUGAAACUCUCCAAGACCAACAGGAUCAUCAUCCUGCUGGUGAUCGACUCCGCGUUCUUCCUGCUAGAGCUGAUUACGGGCUAUGCCGUCCACUCCCUUGCCCUGGUCGCCGAUUCCUUUCACAUGCUAAACGAUGUCCUCUCUCUGUGCGUCGGACUCUGGGCUGUCAAGGUCGCCAAUCGCGAAACAAACUCGAAGAUGUACACAUAUGGCUGGCAACGAGCAGAGACUCUUGGUGCGCUCGUCAAUGGUGUUUUCUUGGUCGCCCUGUGUCUCUCCAUCUUCUUGGAGGCCGUCCAGCGAUUAGUGGAGCCCCAGGAAGUCCAGAACCCCAAGCUGGUCUGCAUUGUCGGCUGCUUUGGCCUUCUAUCCAACAUCCUUGGUUUGGCGCUUUUCCAUGACCAUUCUCACGGCGGCCAUGGUCAUGAUCAUGGCCACAGUCAUGGUGAGCAUGACGAGGAGGAUGUGGAGCAAGGCGCCCACGAUCACCUAGGGGACGAGAGCGUCCCCUCCCCGGCCGAGGAUCAGGGAAAUGUGGGUGCCGCGCUUGCUCGGAGUGGUCAUGGAGCUGCCAACCCCAGCACACCUCAGAACGGGCAUCAUCAUUCGGCCACCGAGCCUUCGGCUUCCCAUUCCCGCAAGCGCCGCGCCACCGAUUCCCAGAACCGCGGUUCCCGCCGCUACAGCUCCUCUCUUACCAAUGUGGAGGACAUUUAUGUGCAUCCUGCAACCCUGCGACAGGAUAUUAUUGCCGCAAGCCGUGGUGGUUUCGACAAUGAGCAGUCGUCUGACUCCGACAGCCGGGAUGAUGAAGCCCCGAGUGAGCGAUCCGGCCUUCUGCGCCACCGUGAUCGCGCUUCUAACUACACCGAUGAGAACGGAGCCCCCUUCAAGAUUACGGAUCAGCCGGUGGAAGAAGACGUUCACAAGGGCCACAACCACGCUCAGCCCAAGCCGAAGGGCCAGAAGGGCGGCCACGGUCACGGUCAUGACCUCAACAUGCGUGGUGUCUUCCUGCACGUCAUGGGCGACGCGCUUGGCAACAUUGGUGUCAUUGCCUCGGCUCUCAUCAUCUGGUUGACUGACUACAAAUGGCGAUUCUAUGUCGAUCCUGGAAUUUCGCUGCUCAUCACGCUCAUCAUUCUUGCCUCGGCCAUCCCGCUCUGCAAGGCCGCCUCUCGCAUCCUGUUGCAGGCCGUGCCCCCUGGCAUGAGCAUCGACCACAUCAAGGAGGAUAUCGAGGGUCUGCCCGGCGUCAUCGGUUCCCAUCACCUUCACGUGUGGCAGCUGAGCGACACCAAGAUCGUCGCCUCAAUUCACAUACAGGUCGACACUGAAAUCAAGGGCGAGGGUUCGGAGCGGUACAUGCGCCUUGCGCGCCAGGUUCGCCGGUGCCUCCACGCCUACGGCAUUCACUCCUCCACCAUCCAGCCCGAGUUUUCGCCCGACAGCGACACCGAGGAUAGCCAGAACCUCGCCCAGCCGUCCUCGUCCCGAGCCGGCACCGAAGACCACAAUCACUCCAGCCGCGCCGCCAGCGUCCGCGAAGGCGACCCCCAGGCCUGCCUGCUUGAGUGCGAUGACGACUGCGGCCGCGGCGGCCAGUGUUGCCCCAAAAAAUCUACCUGA